GGACCUGACACUCAGAACCAACCAGUUUGUGUGUCUAAGUCACCUAGAAAACCUGGAUCUGUCAGGGAAGUAUAUGCAAAUUGAAGACUUUGCAUUUGAGGGGCUUUAUAAUAUGCGAUACCUUUGGCUACAGGCGGAUAUCCUCCCUGAGAUGAAAGCACGGGUUCUCCAUCUUGGAAAUCUGAUGUUUUCCAACUCUGAGCACUCUGGCAUGCAGGUCCUCAACCUGAGUCUCAUCUUUGGGGGCUUCCCUCACCAGCUGUCUGACCUCACCAUCACGUCUGCUGUGCGCCCCAUGACUCUGGUCGUCGCUGAUGACAGCGCCCCAGAGGUGGGCCUGAGUCUCUCACUCUCAGGCCAGAAGAUUGUUUUAUGGGGUUGUGAGAAACGUUUUCUAAAGUCAGUUACCAAACUCCAAGUUACAGCUGAGUUCUUCCUUUGUGCGCCUGACAAUACUGUUGCUAUCAGUCACUUCACGUCUGUGGUAUUUUUUUUAUUUGCUCAGUGGCAUAUGAGCACAGUCCAAAACCUCUCUGGUCUGAACAGAUUGGUGCACUUAAGGCGUCUAGACCUCGAACAAGUCAACUUCGUCAAUCAGCCAGAGAUGAGUCUCAUGUUUCACAACUUGACCAAGUUAGAGAGCUUAAGUCUGACUCGGUGCUGGUUGGAUUCUUUGGAGGGAGACCUCAGUCUGGAUAUGACCUCUCUGAAGUAUUUCUCCCUAUUUCAAGAAACAGAGAUCAGUUUGACCACAGAUUUCUUUGAGCACCUGACCAGCCUGAAGUUUGCUUUCAUCUAUCAAACACAACUCCGCUGCACCUGUGAUGAUGCCUGGUUCCUCCGCUGGGCAAGGAAUCAGCAACAAGCAGAAGUGUUUGUGUUCUCUGACGAAAAUGAACCACUGAGCUGCAUAUCAGAGGGUGGGCUUCAGGACCUGGACAGCUAUGGCCAGGCCCACUGCAGUCUGGAUGUGGGGUUUGUGUUCUUUAUCAGCACAUCAUGCUUCCUCCUGCUGUUUAUGUUGGUUGUGCUGCUGCAUCAGCUGGCCAGAGACUACCUGCUGGCCUUCUACUACAUCACUCACGGCUGGUUGAAUGAGGCACUACGUCACCAGAACACCAGAGGGCGAUACCUGUAUGAUGCCUUUGUGUCUUACAGUGGCAGAGAUGAACGCUGGGUGAUGGAGGAACUCCUGCCCAACCUGGAGCAGAGAGGGCCCCCAUUCCUGCGCCUUUGCCUGCACAGCAGGGACUUCCAGCUGGGAAAGGAUAUUGUGGAGAAUAUAACCGACAGUCUCUACAGAAGCCGCCGCACCCUCUGCCUGGUCAGCCGCCACUUCCUGCGGAGCAACUGGUGCUCCCUGGAGAUGCGACUAGGCACCUACCGGCUGCAGGUGGAGCACAGGGAUGUGCUCAUCCUGGUGUUUCUGGAGAAGAUCCCUUCUAAUCUGCUCUCUGCCCACCACAGGCUGGCCCGACUGGUCAAGACCAGGACUUACAUAGACUGGCCUCAAGACCCGGCCCAGCAGGAGGCUUUCUGGGACAGACUAUGGAACAAACUAGUGACAGACAAGCCGCUAUGAGUUGCCAUGCACCAAUUUUUUUUAUUCUCAACUGUACUUUUUUAAUACAGCCUGAAUGUAACAUAAAGUAGAGUACAAAUGUAAAAAAUGCUUUCUGAUAUAGAUACCACAUUAUUUUGAAGAAAUUUGCUAGGAUAAACAGACACCUCUUUUGAUGGAUAAAUUAUGAGAGAUCUCUGAUGGUUAAUGUUGCUCACGUGAACAAAUAUUUUUUAUGAACCACAAGAUGCAUUAAGAAUCGGAUCGUUUUGAAAUAGAUCCAGAGAGUGGAUGUGGCCUGGGACAGUUCUAAAAUGGUGUUUGAAGCAAAAGUGAAUUCUGCGAAGACUCAACUGAUUAUUCUCCAGAGUUGUGUGGCAGAGCUGUAAAUGUGUGUGUACACUUGGUUGUGAAUCAGAUUUCAAUGUAUUCUGGAGUAAGUACAACCUGUACAAUUUGUCACAUUAAAUAUGUUCAUA